AAAAGCUUUAAAAAUUGCAGUUUGUUUAAAUCUUGCAAGAGGUUCAGCCUUUAGUAACACCCCAUCCUCCUCCUGGCGGACAGAUAAGGGACUUUCUGGUGGGAACGCGAUAUAAAAGCCAUACUUUCGCUUUCACUGUCGUCAGUCGUGGCUCGGACGGAGAGGGAGCAGGCUGAUAGGAAAUUCGGACUGAAUGUUUUUUACGUGUGGCAGAAAAAAAUAUCGAACUCGUUUCCAGGACGAAGGCUAACCGGUUCGGUUAAAGGUCCAUCACAGAAGAAUCAUCGGUGAAUACGAGACGUUCACAUCAUGCAAAAAAUGAGCUGCUUCUUCCCGAUGAUCUUUGUUUCUGUGGAUGUGUGUGUGGUGCACAGUAUCCGCCUGGCACAGUUCUCACCUCUGCUCCACUCCCAUCCCUUCAUCGCCCUGUGGGGAGGAGGACUGACCAGGGCUUGCCUCCUCCUCCUCCUCACCUUUACCUAUCCUGGCAGCGUGACAUGUGUGAGCAGCUUCGAGGGCCUCCAGACUUUAGGGGUACUUUGCUUCCACUUCCCGGUCUACACCAGUCUUCUGUGGACUCUCGGGCAGCCGACCAUGGAUGAAAUAUCUGGGUGUCACUCAUGGGAAAGGAUGCUACAGGGUUAUGGUGUAACAGCAGUGGCCUGGAUCUACUGGAGUCGAUAUAUCUUACCUUGGUUGAUGAAGACGACCACCAACAAGCCCAGCGAGGAUACUGGUUCCAUCCUGAAGAGACUGAUGGAAUACAUUCUGCCUUAUCGCUGGCGUUUUUUUGCUGUGCUGGUUUUUGUGGUUCUGUCCUCUUGUGGUGAGAUGGCGGUUCCAAAAUACACUGGUCAUGUGGCUGACUGGAUCCAAAAUGAAGAGGCACCUGGUGCAUUUCGAGAGGCUGUUACAAUCAUGACAAUAAUGACUGUUGCCAGUGCUGUGCUUGAGUUUAUAUGUGACCUCAUCUACAACAUCACCAUGAGCCUCGUACACACCUCAGUCCAGGGAAUUGUAUUCCAGUCAGUGCUAAAACAAGAGAUUGCUUUUUUUGAUGCCAUACCAACAGGUAAACUGGUGUCGCGCAUAACCACGGAUACCAAUAACAUGAGUGAGGCGCUUAGUGAGCAGCUAAGUCUUGUGAUGUGGUACACAGCACGUUUUGGCUUCAUCUUAUUCUUUAUGGUGACCCAGUCAUGGAAAAUGUCCCUGCUCACUUGCAUGGGACUGCCCAUCAUCUGGGUCAUACCAACGCUCACUGGACAUUUCCAUCAGGCUGUUGCUGUAAAGGUUCAAGAGUCGCUGGCUAAGGCCAACCAGGUGGCCACAGAGACCUUCUCCUACAUGAAGACAGUGAGGAGCUUUGCCAAUGAGGAUGGUGAGACAGAGAAGUACCGACGGAAACUGGAUGACACCUAUUCCCUAAACAAAAUCGAAGCUGCAUGUUAUGCAGCUACUAACUGUUCCAAUAGUAUGACCACUUUGUCUCUAAAGGUGUGCAUUCUGUACUAUGGUGGAAUGCUGGUGACCAGAGGGACUGUUAGCAGGGGAGACCUGGUGUCCUUCAUCCUCUAUGAGCUACAGUUUGCCUCUGCUGUUGAGGCUGUGAUGCGUUAUUACCCUGAGGUGAGGAAGGCAAUUGGUCAGUCACAAGAGAUCUUUAAAUAUUUGGACCGGAAACCUCAAACACCUGCUGAUGGUACCUUGUCACCAGAAAAUCUUGAGGGGCACAUUAAGUUUGAAAAUGUCACGUUUGCAUAUUCUGGCCAAACAGUUGAUGACAGUGUUGUUCUCAAGGGCUUGUCUUUGGAGAUCAUGCCGGGCCAGGUCACUGCUCUUGUUGGGCUCAACGGAUCAGGGAAGUCGACCUGUGUCAAACUCCUGGAGAGGUUUUACCAACCCCAACUAGGGCAGAUUCUUCUUGAUGGAAAACCACUGCAGAGCUACAAAGACCAGUACUUACAUGGCAAGAUCGCUGUGGUGAGCCAGGAUUGUGUGCUGUUUGCUCGUUCUGUGCGUGAGAACAUCAAGUACGGUUAUGAGAGCGCCUCUGAUGAAGAAAUGAUCGAAGCGGCCAAACUGGCUAGCGCCCACGACUUCAUCAGUGAUCUGUCAAGUGGAUACGACACAGAUGCUGGUGAGAAGGGAGGUCAGGUGUCUGGUGGCCAGAGGCAGCGCAUUGCCAUCGCCAGAGCUUUAAUCAGACGUCCAAAAAUCUUAAUUCUGGACAACGCCACCAGUGACUUGGACAGUGAAAAUGAAUAUCAGGUUUGCCAAACUUUGCUGAAGAAUACCAGCACCAUCACCAUGCUGCUGAUAUCGAACAAGAUGAGCGUUGUUGAGAAGGCCGACCAUAUAAUCGUUCUCGGUGAUGGGGUGGUGCAGGAGGAGGGCUCUCAUGAUGAGCUGCUGAAGAAAAAUGGUCUUUAUAGUGAAAUGGUGAAAAAGCAGAACACAGGCUUCCACCGUCAAAAAGGAGACAAUACUAAUGUACAGUAACAAUCAAAUGUGGUGGUCACGCACAGGCCAGGGAAGAAGAAAUCCCAGAUUGGAAAAGACUCAUUUUGAACGAGAUUUUGUAAUGAGAUAUUUUAAAGUGGCACUCUGCAGCUCUGGUUAGUUUUUCACUUUCCUGAUUUUUAUAUUUUAUUACGACCACAAAGGAUGUAAUAAAAUCAUUGGCAUUUAUUUAUUUGUCUGCCAAAUUUUCACCACACAUUGGUGUUAGGCCUCGGAAGACUCCAUUAAAUUUCAGGGGUGAUCUGGAUUCUGGAUCAGGAUUUCACUUUGUAGACUUUGAAGGAUUACAUCAAAACUACUGCACAGAUUUUUACAAAAAUUUCACUAUAAAUAGGUGUUAGGUGAUCGAAGACUCCACUAAAUUUUGGAAGUAAUCCGCGUCAACAUCUGUUGGGAGUGACCUGGAUCGAUAUGCAGGUUCUGCAGCAGAAAGAUACAACAUCACGAUGUAAACCCAAAGUCAGGAAGACACUAUGUUGUUUCAGCUUGUGAAUUAAAUAUCAGAUCUUGAUCAGUUGGACCAUUCCGAAUUAGUAUACAGUUAUUGUGUUGUGUAGUCCGGAUCCAGGUAAAGUCUGGGUCACAAUGUCAGUCACAUAGCUUUUAUUUUGAGUUCUCAUCAACCCUUGGCGGAUGUCAGAAAUCUCCAAUUGCUUGUUUUUGGUUGCAUUCUUCUCUACGGAGCUCCCCUUACAGGUCAGAGUACGUAUGGCACAAAACUAUGGUAAAAACUCACUGCUGGCCUGCCUUCUCCCCUCUUUCCCUGCUCUGCAUGUUGUUUUCAGUGGAGCUGGUGAGUGCAAUCUGUGGAUGUGUUGAGAAAGCGACAAUACACAGACAUACACAGAGAACAGAGCGUUUAUCUCAGUAUACUUACAAGUGCAGCAAGAAUCCCUUUUUUGUAUGAUUCUUUAUCUUUCAGCUCUCACUAUUCC